AUGCAAGUUACAAUCUCUAAUGAAAUCACUGGCCAAGUGUAUGGUCCAUUAGACCUAAGCGAUGAUAUGACAGUUCCUGAUUUAUUGGCAUUAAUUGAAUUGGAGUGUCAAUUUGAUAAAACUAAGCAUGAUUUAUAUCAUAAUACUGAUUUGAUAGAUAAAUUAUCUGAAAAGACUAUGAAAGAUUUAAAUAUUGAGAAUGAUGAUUUAUUAUUAAUAAGACAGAAAAUCCCCACAAUGAAUGAUAUGCAAAGGCAAUAUGCUGAUAGAGUAAAUCAAAUGGAUGAUGUAUCAUUUGUGGAAGAAUUUAGACAAGAAUUAUUGCAUAAUGCAGAAUUAAGGAAUAAAGUUUCUAAUGAUAUUCCUGAUUUAGAAACAAUAAUUCAAAAUAAAGAAGAAUUUAAUGAGAAAAUUGGACCUAUAUUAAUUCAAAGAAGACGUGGUAUGCCUGGUAAUGGUGGUGGUAUCCCUCAAAAUUCAUUUGGUAUUCCACAACAGGAUUAUAUAAGAUUGAUGAGUAAUCCAGAUGAUCCUGAAAAUCAAAAAAAAAUUGUUGAAUUAAUUAAUCAACAAGAAAUUGAUGAGCAGAUGCGUAAUGCCCUGGAAUAUACACCUGAAGUCUUUACACAAGUCAAUAUGUUAUUUAUUAAUAUGGAAAUCAACGGGCAUCCAGUUAAGGCGUUUGUAGAUUCAGGAGCACAAACCACUAUUAUGACCCCCAAGAUAGCUGAAUUGACUGGGUUAAGUAGAUUAAUAGAUAAAAGAUUUAAAGGUGAAGCUAGAGGUGUUGGUGUUGGUAAGAUUUUGGGUAAGAUCCAUCAAGCACAAGUUAAGAUUGAAACACAAUUUAUUCCAUGUAGUUUUACUGUUUUAGAGACUGAUGUUGAUAUCUUAUUAGGAUUAGAUAUGUUAAGAAGACACCAAGCUAUUAUGGAUUUGGAAAGGGAUGUUUUGAAAAUUGCUGGUGUGGAAACUAAAUUUUUAGGUGAAGCUGAGAUACCUAAAUUUGGUCCACAACCUAAAGAAGAAAAGACUAGUGGGGAUGCAAGUGGGAAUAUUACUCAUGGUACUUCCUCCUCUGCCAAGACUCAAUCUAAAUCGACUACUCCUGCACAGGUCACUGCGACUACUCCUGCACAGGCCACUUCGAUUACUCCUGCACAGGCCACUGCGAUUACUCCUGCACAGACCACUUCGACUACCCCUGUUCAACCCAAAGAAAAAUACCCUGAAGCUACUAUUAAACAAUUAAUGGAUCUUGGGUUUUCCAAGAUGGAAGUGGUCCAUGCAUUAGAUAUGACUAAUGGUAAUGCUGAAAUGGCAGCCUCUUUACUAUUUAGUAUGUAA